AUGUCACCCAUCGCCGAUCAAGACUACAAAGCAGCCCUGCUCCCACUGCUGAUCUCGAACAAAGUCCUCUCAUUCGGCAGUUACAUCCUCAAAUCCGGGCGCGAAUCGCCGUACUUCUUCACCUCCUCCCUGCUUCACUCCGCUCCUACGCUGCGCGCCACGGCAGCCGCAUACGCCAGUGUCCUGUCCGCGCCGCCGUUCGUCACGACCGCAGCGGACGGAACAACGACGCCGAGCUUCGACAUCAUCUUCGGCCCGGCAUACAAGGGUAUCCCGCUGUGCGCAGCAGUGACGACCGAACUCGCCGUCCGGGACGCGCUAUCGUCCAAGGGACAGGGACAAGCAGCUAAGGGUACAUGGGAUAAUGUCAGCUACUCGUUCAACCGCAAGGAAGCCAAGGACCAUGGAGAGGGCGGGAAUAUUGUCGGUGCUCCUGUGAAGGGGAAGCGGGUGGUCAUCGUGGACGAUGUCAUUACGGCGGGCACGGCAUUGCGUGAGGCCAUUGGGAUUAUCGAGAAGGAGGGUGGUACGGUGGUGGGCGUGGUUAUCCUGCUGGAUCGAGAGGAGAGGGUCAGUGAUACGGAGGCGAAGAGCGCGGUGGGCGUUGCGCAGAGGUCGCUGGGAGACAAGGUGCCUAUUCGCGCCGUGCUUGGGCUGCAUGAUCUGAUUGAGAAACUGGGGGAUCAGAUUGGGGAGGCGGAGCUGCAGCGACUGAAGGAGUAUCGUGCUCGCUAUGGAGCUGAGUAG